GAAAUCAGCUAAGAGAAAAUAUAAAUUCUCUAAAAAAGAAAACAAAAGGAAAAAAAGAGGGGAAAAAUUUGAUCUCCAAAGCAAAACAAACCCCUUGCGCUUUUCUCUCUCUCUACUGCAUGCAGAAUCGAGUCUCACCACUUCUCACUAAAACCCCUUUGGCUUUUCUCUCUCUCUACUCGUGUUGCCGGCCGAUUCCCGGAGAAGUGCUUCUGAUUUUCCACCAUCUCGACUGUUUCCAAGGCGUAGACUCUGAAUUUGAAGCCGCAUUUGGAAAAGGGCAUUUCCCUUCUCCGCUGGCUCUCCUCCCACAUUUCUAUGGUUUGAGAAUUAGUUGUUAGAGAGAAUGGAAGGUCCUUUACCACCACCCAUAGCAUUUGAGGCAAGGAUAAAAGGGAUCACGUUUGCUUUGGCCACUCGUCAAGAGAUUUGCAAAGCAUCCAUCAGCGACUUACCGAUCAACCAUGCCAGUCAGCUUUCAAAUCCAUAUCUUGGUCUGCCACUUGAAAGUGGCAAAUGCGACUCUUGUGGCACGGCUGAGGCUGGGCAAUGUGAAGGACAUUUUGGAUACAUUGAGUUGCCAACUCCCAUAUACCAUCCCGAUCAUGUUGCUGAGCUAAAAAGGAUGUUGAGCCUACUGUGCUUGAAGUGCUUAAAGUUCAAAAACAGAAAGGUGAAUAGUGUUGGUGGUGUUAUUGAAAGAAUGCUAUCUUCUUGCUGUGAGGAGGCCUCACAAAUUACUAUCAACGAAGCCAAGACUAGUGAUGGAGCUUAUUAUUUGGAGCUGAAGUUCCCAUCAAAGUCAAGACCUCAACAUGGAUGCUGGAAUUUUUUGGAAAAAUAUGGAUUCCGUUAUGGAGAUAUGCAUUCUCGGCCAUUGCUUGCAUCUGAGGUGGCGGCAAUUCUAAGAAAAAUCCCUCAGGACACCAGAAAAAAGCUCUCUGCCAGAGGUUACCACCCACAAGAUGGAUACAUUCUCCAGCACUUACCAGUUCCUCCUAACUGUCUCUCUGUGCCUGAUGUUUCUGAUGGAAUCAGCACAAUGUCUACGGAUUACUCUAUAACAUUGCUUAAAAAGGUGUUAAGACAAGUAGAGAUCAUAAAAAAUUCAAGGUCCGGGGUGCCAAAUUUUGAGUCUCAGGAGAUUGAAGCAAAUGACUUGCAAGCAGCUGUGGCUCAAUAUUUUCAGUUUAGGGGCACAGGCAAGGCAUCUCGUGAUGUCGAUGGUCGCUUUGGAAUCAACAAGGAAGAAAAUGUGUCUUUUACCAAAGCAUGGCUUGAGAAGAUGAAAACUUUGUUUAUAAGGAAAGGGUCUGGUUUUUCUUCUAGAAGUGUGAUAACUGGUGACCCGUUUAAAGGAGUGUCAGAGAUUGGGUUGCCAUUUGAGAUAGCCCAAAAGAUUACAUUCGAGGAGCGGGUAAAUCAGCACAACAUGGUGUUCUUACAGAAGCUGGUGGAUGAAAAGCUAUGCUUAACGUACAGGGAUGGUCAGUCUACAUAUUCACUGAGGGAAGGCUCAAAAGGGCAUACGUUUCUGAGGCCCGGUCAGGUUGUGCAUCGUAGGAUAAUGGAUGGGGAUAUCGUCUUCAUCAAUAGACCACCAACUACACACAAACAUUCUCUACAAGCUUUAUCAGUUUACAUUCACGAUGAUCAUACAGUCAAGAUCAAUCCCCUCAUUUGCGGCCCCCUUAGUGCUGAUUUUGAUGGGGACUGUAUCCAUUUGUUCUAUCCCCAAUCGCUUGAAGCUAAAGCAGAGGUUGUGGAACUAUUUUCAGUAGAGAAACAGCUACUUAGUUCCCAUACCGGGAACUUCAACUUGCAGCUGGCAACAGACUCAUUACUAUCACUGAAAUUAAUGUUCAAAAAGUACUUUUUGGUGCGAACCAAAGCACAACAGUUGGCCAUGUUUGUGCCGGAAGCACUAUCUGGACCUGCAGUAAUGAAGUCCAGAAAUGGCGAUCUUUGGACUGCAUCGCAGAUUUUACAGACAACUUUUCCUUCAUCCUUUGACUGUUCUGGAGAGAAACAUAAGAUAUGCAAAAGUGAAGUGAUGUACCUGGACUAUAAUAGGGAUGUGAUGGCUUCCAUCAUCAAUGACAUAGUCACCUCACUUUACUUCUUGAAGGGACCAAAGGAGGUCUUGCGGUUUUUCAAUUCUAUCCAGCCAUUAUCAAUGGAAAGUCUCCACACAGAGGGCUUUAGUGUUAGUUUAAAAGACUUUUUCCUAACUCGGGAUGUUUUGGAGGAUAUCCAAAAGGAAAUUCAGAAGAUCUUCCCAUUGCUGUGUGAUUUGCGAGCUUCAUAUAGUGAAUCAGUGGCCCUGCAAGUGGACAGCUACUUGCGCAAUGUGAAGAUCCCUGUUACUAAUUUCAUCCGCGAGUCUUCAGCCGUUGGCUACCUGAUAGACUCCAAGAGUGAAUCUGCUUUGAACAAGGUGGUUCAGCAGAUUGGUUUCUUAGGAAUUCAGAUAUCGGCUAAGGGAAAGUUCUACACAGAGACAUUGGUCAAGGACAUGUCAUCUCUGUUUCAAAAGAAAUAUCCUUCUUAUGAGGAUAGUCCUUGUGAAGAAUUUGGCUUGGUUGGUAGACCUCUCUUUAGAGGACUGGAUCCUUAUCAGGCGAUGGUUCAUUCAAUCUCCAGCAGAGAAGUAAUUGUCCGGUCAAGCAGAGGAUUGACUGAACCUGGGACACUCUUCAAGAAUUUGAUGGCAAUCCUUAGAGAUGUUGUCAUAUGCUAUGAUGGUAGUGUGAGGAAUACGUGCAGCAACUCCAUCGUUCAGUUUGAGUAUGGAGUGAAUAGUGCCAAUAUUGCAAGUGAAUUCUGUGCUGGGGAUCCUGUUGGAGUCUUAGCUGCAACUGCCAUGUCCAAUCCUGCGUACAAGGCUGUGCUGGAUUCAUCUCCAAGUAGCAACUCAUCCUGGGAUAUGAUGAAGGAGAUACUGCUAUGUGGAGUCGGAUUCAAGAAUGACAUCGCUGAUCGUCGGGUGAUUCUUUAUCUUAAUAACUGUGAUUGUGGCAGAAAGCACUGCCAAGAAAAUGCUGCUCUCAUAGUCAAGAAUCACUUGAAGAAAGUUAGUCUAAAGGACACGGCAAUGGAGUUCCUGAUAGAAUACAGAUCUCAGUUGGUGCCUGAGAGUUCUGAUGUCAAUACAGGCCUUCUUGUGGGACAUAUUCAUCUGAACAAGACCCAGUUGAUACAAUCAAAUAUCAGCUUGAAUGAUAUUCUUGAGAAGUGUCUGGAUUCAAUCAGUGUUAAUCGAAAGAGGAAAAAGAUCGGAAGCCUAUUCAAGAAAAUUGAGUUAUCAUCCUGUGAAUGUUGCUCUGUUCGUCAAUCUUCCAAAAGCAAAUGGACUGAUGUACCCUGCAUCCAGUUUCUUUGGCAAGGGGCAAGUGAUGAUCUCUUAGAGAGAGCUUCUGAUUUCCUAGCUGAUACAGUUUGUCCAGUGCUGUUACAGACAGUCAUUAAAGGUGAUCCAAGGGUAUCAGCUGCCAACUUAAUAUGGAUAAGUCCCGAUACAGCUACCUGGAUCAGGAGUCCAUGUAAGAGCCCUAAAGGUGAAUUGGCUGUAGAUGUAACCCUCGAGAAAGAAUCUGUAAAAAAGAGUGGAGAUGCAUGGAGGAUCGUGAUGGAUUCUUGCCUUCCAGUUUUCCACUUGAUAGAUUCUCAGCGUUCCAUACCAUAUGCAAUAAAACAAGUAGAAGAUCUGCUUGGUAUUUCUUGUGCAUUUGAGCAGGCUGUACAGCGUUUAUCAACAUCAGUGACAAUGGUUACGAAAGGUGUUCUCAAGGAUCAUCUUGUGUUGCUGGGUAAUAGCAUGACUUGUGCUGGAACAAUGAUUGGUUUUAAUGCUGGCGGUAUCAAGUCUUUAUCCAAAUCACUUGGUGUCCAAGUACCAUUUAUGAAUGCUACGUUAUUUACUCCUAGGAAGUGCUUUGAAAGAGCCGCUGAAAAAUGCAACACUGAUAGUUUAUCAAGCAUUGUGGGUUCUUGCGCCUGGGGUAAACAUGUUUCUGUGGGAACUGGAUCUCCUUUCGAGAUUGUUUGGGGGACAAAACAUGAUGCGCUGAUGGAGGAUGAAGAAAUUGACGUUUACAAUUUCCUCCGCAUGGUGAAUAGCUCAAAGCUGGAAGAUACAGGCACUAGUUGCUUGGGAGCUGAAAUUGAAGAUCUGGACCAGGAUGAGUAUAUGGAUUUUGAUCUGUCUCCAGUGCGAGAAUCUGGUGCCGCCAAGCCCACUUUUGAGGAUGGAAUUGACUUAUCCAAGGAGGAUGAUGAUGGGGGAUGGUCUUGGGGAAAGGCUGAUUCUGGAGAAAAUGGUUGGGCAAGGUCAAACAAGGCUGAAGAAAGCACUUGGGACAAAAAAGCAGAUUCUGAAGAAAAUGGCUGGGCAAGGUCAAACAAAGCUGAAGAAAACACUUGGGCUAAAAUAGUUGAUUCUUCAGAAAAUGAUUGGACUAAAAGUUCUGAACAGAGCACUGGUAAUAUGACAGCUGAGCAAAGCUCCUGGAGCAAAAUUGUUCGAUCUGAGGAAAAUGAUUGGGUGAAAAAGCCUGUGGAAAGCUCUUCAGGUAGGAAGGUCAAUUCAGAAGGAAAUGAUUGGAGCAAAAUUGGCAAACAAGGUUCUUGGGACACUCCUACAACUGAUACUCAGUCUACUUGGAGUAAAGAUAUUGCUAAAAUAGACGAUGGAAAAUCUCAGGGAGAUGGUGUGUGGUCAGCCCCUUCUGGAGCUCAGAGAGAGGCAGCUUGUAGUGAACCAUCUGAUGCUGCUGGUUGGGACCAAUUACGAUCUGGCACAGAGUUGGAUUCAAAGGAUAAUCCUUGGGGAAAAUCUAAAGUGGCUAAUGAGUCAACCCCCUCAAAGGCUUUUGGCACCUGGGGCUCUUCAAGUACAAACGACUGGGGUAAGUCUAAUUCACAGUCUCCUGCAGGAGAAAACAAGGAGUCUCAGUCAAAUAACUGGGGUUCAAGCCAGAAACAAUCGGACGUCUCUACACCUGCUCAUGGUUGGGGUUCAAAGGAUGAGGCCUGGGGAACUAAGGCUGCUGAUGAAUCAACCCACUCAAAAGCUUCUAGUGCUUGGGGAUCAUCAAAUGAUUGGGGCAAGUUUGAUUCACAGUCUAAUGCAGGAGAGAACAAAGAGUCCCAGUCAAAUAACUGGAGUUCAAGACAGUCGAACGACUCUACACCUGCUCAAGGUUGGGGUAAGUCUAAUUCACAGUCUCCUGCAGGAGAAAACAAGGAGUCUCAGUCAAAUAACUGGGGUUCAAGCCAGAAACAAUCGGACGUCUCUACACCUGCUCAUGGUUGGGGUUCAAAGGAUGAGGCCUGGGGAACUAAGGCUGCUGAUGAAUCAACCCACUCAAAAGCUUCUAGUGCUUGGGGAUCAUCAAAUGAUUGGGGCAAGUUUGAUUCACAGUCUAAUGCAGGAGAUAACAAAGAGUCCCAGUCAAAUAACUGGAGUUCAAGACAGUCGAACGACUCUACACCUGCUCAAGGUUGGGGUUCAAAGGACGAGGCCUGGGGAACUAAAGCUGCUGAUGAAUCAACCCACUCAAAAGCUUCCAGUACUUGGGGAUCAUCAAAUGAUUGGGGCAAGUUUGAUUCACAGUCUAAUGCAGGAGAGAACAAAGAGUCCCAGGCAAAUAACUGGAGUUCAAGACAGUCGAACGACUCUACACCUGCUCAAGGUAGGGGAUCUCCAAAUGUUGAUACUUCCGGUGACAAAGAUGCAAGGCCUCAGUGGGGGGGUCGUGGUCGGGGGCGUGGCAGAGGUUGGGGACGAGGUCGCUCAAGAGAAGGUUCACAAGGUAGGGGCCCUUCUAACGAUGGGGAUUGGAGGAACAGGAGACCUCGUCCAUCUGAUGAUCCUAAUGCUCCAGCGCUUUUCACUGCAACAAGGCAGCGCUUGGAUUUAUUCACUGCAGACGAGCAAGAUGUUCUUGUGGAGAUUGAGUCAAUUAUGAAGAGCAUCAGAAGAAUAAUGCACCAGACAGGAUACAAUGAUGGUGAUCGGUUAUCUGCUGAGGAUCAGACAUACAUUGUUGAUAAUGUGCUCAACUAUCAUCCCGACAAAGCUGCAAAAACAGGAGCUGGAUUAGAUUAUAUCAUGGUUCGCAAGCACAGUGAGUUCCAGGACAGCAGAUGCUUUUACGCUGUCUCUGUUGAUAAAGUGGAAUCAGAUUUCUCCUACCGCAAGUGCCUCGACAAUUUCGUCAACAAGAAGUACCCAGACAAGGCAGAAGCUUUCAUGCCCAAGUACUUCAGAAAACCACAGCCACGAGCUGGGUGGAACAGAGACCGUGUUAGUGGUCCUCCUCGUAGUGAAGCUGGGACACCUCGUGGCUGGAACAGUGAUUCCAAUGAAGCCGGGACACCAUCGACGUGGGCUCAGACCACAGGUCCUCAAAGUGAAGCGGGGACGCCCCGUGGCUGGAACAGCGAUUCCACUCCAGCGACAGAGGAGGCUGGGACACAAUGGGCGCAGACCCCUUGCCCUGAUAGUGAAGCUGGAACGCCCCAUGGCUGGAACAGUGUUUCUGCUCCAGCAACGGAGGAAGCCGUGACACCAUGGGUGCAGACUCCGGGCCCCGAUGAUGCAGCUACUGGUUGAUGUACGGCAAAUCACUUGUGUUAUUCUUGGUGUAUGGGCUUUUUAGCUGCUACCAAGUUGGAAAAUUUCAGAUUAUUUAUCAUUUUAUGGUUAGGUUGGUUGAUGACAGGUUGUUUGUCACUUCGCUUUUUUUAUCUCUUCAUCUUCAGCGCUGGAAUUUGGGUUUUUCUUUAAAAUUUAAUUUACCAUCUCCAAUCGCAUGCAAUGCCUUUAUUCA